UCAACAAGUUAAUUACCCAUACGAAUUUCUCCUGUAUGCUUAACUAUCCUUUGUCCCUCUUAUCUUAUCUUGUUUAAAACUGUUUGCUUUUUGGCUCAAAAGAACCAGGUAACUUCCAGUUUUGGUUAGUCCGGCACGAUGGAGCACAAAGUUUAGUAUGCUUUCCUUGCCUCCCCGGCACUGGCAGAACUUUGAGGCCAAAAUCCCCUUUUCCUGCUUCCUCACUUCCCCACAUACAAAUGAGUCUUCUUUCACUCGAACUCAUGUGUUAGAAUUACUGCAGGGGAUGCACCACCUCAUCUUCUUAUGGGUAACGGGCAGUGGAUUUGUUUUGUUAAAUCUCAAACGCAUCUUUAAACUUUACAUCCUGACAGUUUAAUACCUUUAAGGGCUUUGAGAUAACUUGCUGCGCAGCAAUGCAUGUAAGACAAUGCUGGAAAUGUUGUGUUGGCUUUGAACUGACAGGGAAACGAGAUGGACUGAGAAACAGGCUGGCAUAUUGAAUUUGUGUGGAUCCGGCCGGGGCUGUUUUCCUUGAUGUCUCGGAUAGUUAAGUCAAUAUAUUCUGACUCUUUUCGCCAUUGUCAAGAAAACAGACAUAACAGCGGGGUCAGAGUGCAACAGGAAGAGGCGUCCCUGGAAAACGUGUACAUGGUCUGUAGGAAAUCAACUCUCGGAUUUGCCAACUGAGCAGAACAAGUCAUGUACCAAGUGGUACCUGGAGGAGCUGGGGGCACAAUUACAGAUGUUAUCCCCAAGCAGAAACACAGCAAGGACACUCGACCGUUAGUCGGAGCUGGCGUAUUCGGCCUGGUGCUGGUGAUUGCGGCAGUGACUGCGUGGUGUUAUUACAUAGCCUCCCUACGCAAAGCUGAGCUGCUUGAGACUCAGCUGCUGGAUCUGAAUAAAGAUGGCUACAUUAUCCGCAACCGGGGAGGUUCCAUUGUUUUCAGAAUGGAUUUCAGGUCAGGGACUCUGGAUUUGGAUUCCUGCUCAAAAGAAGGGGAGAUGCUGAGCUGUGGACGCACCACUGAUAGAAAACUGAACUUCUUCAUUGAGACGGUACGACCUAAGGACACGGUGCAGUGCUACCGUGUGCGUUGGGAGGAACUGGUUCCUGACAUUCCUGUUGAGCAUGCCAUGACAUAUAAGUUUGCACAUUGGUAUGGUGGUGCUGUGUCAGCAAUUCAGCACUGGCCUAUUUCUAUUUCCGGCCAACAAGCUCCCAAACCCUUUGUUACUAGUGACAUCUACUCAAACCGCAAUGCAUUUGGUGGUAUUUUGGAGAGUUACUGGCUUUCGUCCAAUGCUACAGCCAUCAAGAUCAAUAAUUCUGUGCCCUUCCACCUGGGCUGGAAUGACACGGAGAAGACCAUGUCCUUCCAGGCCCGGUACAAUGACAGUCCCUUCAAGCCAAACCCAGGGGAGGUUCCAUGUGCUGAACUUAGCUACAGAGUCUGUGUGGGCUUGGAUGUGACAUCCAUACACAAGUACAUGGUCCGCAGGUACUUCAACAAACCAAACAAAGUGCCCGCCAAAGUCAUGUUUCGCCAUCCUAUUUGGUCGACAUGGGCACUACAUAAGACGAAGAUUGACCAAGAGAAACUCUUGGCGUAUGCUGCCAAUAUUCGCAAGCAUUACUUCAAUUGCAGCCACCUGGAACUAGAUGACCGUUACACCAGCCGCUAUGGGGAAUUUGAGUUUGACCAAACAAAGUUCCCUAAUGCCACAGCCAUGUUUCAAAAGCUGAAGUCAGACGGGUUUCUGGUUUCACUCUGGAUUCACCCUUUUGUUAACUAUGACUCAGAAAACUUCCAUACUUGUGUAGAGAGGGGCCUGUUUGUCAGAGAGCCUACAGGACGACUCCCAGCUCUGGUGCGCUGGUGGAACGGCAUCGGUGGCAUUGUGGAUUUUACGAAUCCAGAGGCCCGUGAUUGGUUCUCCUCCCAGCUACGUUCAUUGCGCUCCAGAUAUGGGGUGUCCUCUUUUAAAUUUGAUGCAGGGGAGACCAACUACUUACCAUGGAAAUUUAGCACAAAAAUUCCCAUUCGAGACCCCAGUUUUUUCACAAGACGUUACACAGAAAUGGCCAUUCCCUACAAUGACAGAGCUGAGCUGCGUAGUGGCUACCAGUCCCAGAACAUAUCCUGCUUCUUCAGACCAAUUGAUAGAGACUCUGUGUGGGGUUAUGAGUUGGGUCUCAAAUCUAUUAUCCCCACAGUGCUCACCAUUAGUAUUCUUGGUUAUCAGUUCAUUCUACCAGACAUGAUCGGAGGCAAUGCCUAUCUGAACCGCACAGAUGGAAAUCGCGUGUUACCAAAUCGAGAACUCUAUAUCCGCUGGCUGGAACUGUCAGCCUUCAUGCCGUCCAUGCAGUUUUCUAUUCCGCCAUGGGAAUAUGACAAUGAGGUGGUUGAAAUUGCACGGAAAUACACAGCUCUCCAUGAGAGUAUUGUGGCGCCACGAGUCCUGGAGCUGGCUGGCGAAGUGCUGGACACUGGGGACCCAAUCAUACGGCCCCUGUGGUGGAUUGCCACUGGUGAUGAGACAGCCUAUAAAAUCGACUCCCAGUUCCUGAUUGGGGAUGACCUCAUGGUAGCCCCAGUUUUAGAGCCUGGAAAGCAAGAGCGUGACAUCUACCUCCCUGCUGGCCAUUGGAAAAGCUACAAGGGGGAGAGAUUUGAUAUCAAGGAGCCACUGCACCUCACAGAUUAUCCUAUAGACCUGGAUGAAAUUGCCUACUUUGUAUGGGUGUAGCAAAAAGCGAAUGUAAACCUGAACGGACUUGAUUUAUCCAUGCUCCAAUUUGCUGGUGAGACAAGCUUCACGAAUUUAGAUGAAAAAGUUGUUUCUUCCUGGAAGAAAAUAUGAAGCCUUUUAAAAGAAAUGCAUUUUUUUAACUAUAACAAAUGAAUCCAGCAUCUUUUUAAUGACAAUUAAGGGUGAAGGAUAAAUUAAAAGUGCACAUGUGGUUAUAGUCAUCAAAUUGACCAUUAAAGCAAUAACUUACAUUAGCCACAAUAAGCUACUGGUCAUAUCAGAGCAAAUAGGAUGCUAAAAGUAAAACCCCAUCAUGUAUUUAUAUGACUGAGGGUGUGUUUCAUGGUUAUUAAUUGUGCUUUUAAUGUGUACACUUAAGAAGUGACGUAUAUGAAACAUUUCAGAAUGUCAAAAAGGGAAUAUGGGAAUAACAGUGAUUCUUUUUUUAAGGCACGGUUGCACAGGUAGACCAUAAAGUUGUUUUUGAGUAUCACAGUACUUUGAAGUUAACUGAUGCAGUUCCUGACAAGCUCGAGCGUGACCUUUGAUGAUGUGGUCAGUGACAUCGUCAAAGGUUUGUAUUUCAAUUCAGAAGGAUGGUCACCAUGGUGACAGCAAGUACAGUUUCAAGUAAAUGAAGGAACUUUCUUGACCACUCAGCCAAAAAACGCCAAUGGACAGUAUGCUCUUGCUUUUGUCCUCAGCAACACGCUCACGGAGAUUGAAGUGUUUUGGAUGAGCAGUUUUCGAGAAACGAUGCAGAGAGGCAGACAUAUUUUUAAGUAAAUGUUAGCCAAACAAAUUGUAUGAUGAAAGGUUCAUAUAAGGGUUUCAUUAUUGUCAUAAUGCAGGUAGAUUACAUUUAACCUAUAUCUAUACAAAUUCUCUGUUUGACUGAGAUAUCCUACUUUGCUUUUGACACUAAUAACUCUUGUACUCUUUUGCUUCAAGACACCUCUCAGGGAGUUAGGUUUUAUGCCUUACCUAUCAGGAUGAAUGCUCGAACGUUAAUCAUUACAAAUUGCAUGUGUUCUCAUUGUGUAACACAGUGUCUCGUAACUUCUCUUAGCCCAGAAGAAGAUGGCUUUUUAUUUGGCACUAAGUAUUUAAUGCUCUUCCUCAGGUAACACUUUUCUCAGGCUUGUUUUAUGUGCUUCACUCUGCAGUGGUAAACAAAGCACACAUGCAGGACAGAGAUACUCACAAUGUCUAAUACGUUGACCACCACCUCCAAGAAAGUGAGGAUCUCUUUGAUUUGUGGAAUUCUGAAGCACAAUAGCCUAAAUGAUAAUAGUUUGGUUUCUUUAUACCUACUUGUUAUGCAGUUUGGACAUCCAUAGAUGUGAUGAAUUUAGCAACAUUUAAUUGUCAAAUGAAAUGGUACGGUGCGUUUUUUCACUUUGUAUUUUGCUGGUUUGAAUAUUUUGUCACUACAGUGAUGUCUCUAGUUGCUGCCACAUAUGUUGGGAUUUUUUGUUAUGCUAUACAUUUAUUAUUGUUCUAUUGAUACAUAUUGGACUUUUCUUAAGUAAUAUUGAUGAAUUACAGGUUAAUUAACCCUUUAUUUGCUAAAUCUCUUUUACCAUACACUAAUGUUGAUCAUUAAACUUUGGUUUGGACUGCAAAGGCUAAUAUCAUUCCUAAUUAUUAAUAAAAUUAACAUCAAAUUUUUUUUGAGGAUUGUAAAUCUGUUUUCUUAAAUUGUUUUUUGUUGAGAUCAUUUCUGAUGAGUUUGUAAAGCUGCGAUAAAGAAAGGUUCUUUGUGAAAUGAGGAAAAUAAAAAAUGUCCACAUUCUUACGGUGCAAUUUACACAUUUGGCAAUAUUUGUUUUUAUCUGUGUUUUAAUGCUGUCUGCCGUCCACCCAUUUUCGAAUUUUGCUGUGUGCUCUAACGUGUGGCUCACACGUUGACCUCAGUGGAUUUUGUCUGGGCCUUUUGACGUAGUAUAAUCACAACAACACCACCUAUUUAUAGCACUUCUCACUUAGGACAUCUGGGCCAGGCCAGUCGCUGAGGCUAUAUCUGCCUGGGACGGCUUUAUGACGAGACCGAGGGGCUGUUUUGGACUGAAUGAUUUUUGCUGGUGGCUCCUGUGACCCAGUGUUUGGGAUUGCUUCAGGUUGUUGUAGCUUCAGGUUAUGAAUCUAUUAAAAGAAUUACAUUUUGA